AUGGUUGCCCUAAAGCUUUUCUUUUCAUUUGUGAUGUUCAUAGCUCUUUCAGUUUCAUCCACGGCAGCCAAGAGGCAUAUACAUAUGGGUACUCAAAGGAUUGACUCAAACUGGUACGAUGCACAUGCAACAUUUUAUGGUGAUAUGACUGGUGGUGAAACCAUGCUGGGAGCUUGCGGAUAUGGUGAUCUAUUCAAGCAAGGGUAUGGACUCGAGACGACGGCACUGAGCACAGCGUUGUUCAACAACGGCCUGACCUGCGGAGCUUGUUUCGAGAUCAAGUGUCACAAUGACCCUCAAUGGUGUUAUCCACAUGCCGGCUCUAUCAAGGUGACCGCAACCAAUUUUUGCCCUCCGAAUUACACGAAACCGGACGGGAAUUGGUGCAAUCCGCCAUUGAAGCACUUUGAUCUGUCAAUGCCAAUGUUCACCAAACUGACGGUAUAUAAAGCCGGGAUCAUCCCCGUCAAUUAUCGACGUGUUUUGUGCCAUAAGAAAGGUGGGGUUCAAUUCCAGAUUAAGGGAAACCCUUGGUGGACUCUGGUGCUGUUGUACAAUGUUGGUGGCGCUGGUGAUAUCAAGGAUGUUAAAAUCAAGGGUUCGAGGACCCGAUCGUGGUGGUCGAUGAGCCGCAAUUGGGGUGUGAAUUGGCAGACCGGAAUGAACUUAAGAGGGCAAAGCUUGUCGUUUCGAGUGACGACCGGUGACGGAAAAAUGAUCGAGUUUCAUAAUGUUGCACCGGCUAAUUGGCAAUUUUAUCAAAUAUUUGAUGGCAAAUUAAACUUCUAG